CAACAACAAGAACGUGUUACUUUGGAGAAAAACACAAUGUCAGCGACCUUCCCGGGACUUGUCCACGACGCUGAGAUACGUCACGACGGAUCAAACAGCUACCGGCUGAUGCAGCUCGGUUGCCUGGAGUCCGUGGCCAACUCGUCGGUCGCCUACUCCUCCACCUCCCCGCUCACCUACCCGGCGCCGGCGGGCACGGAGUUCGCCUCUCCUUAUUUCUCGGCCAACCACCAGUACACCCCCCUGCACCACCAGUCCUUCCACUAUGAGUUCCAGCACUCCCACCCGGCCGUGGCCCCGGAGGCCUACGGGCUCAACUCGCUCCACUCGGGCCAGUACUACCAGCAGAUCCACCACGGGGAGCCCGCGGACUUCAUCAACCUGCACAACGCGCGCUCGGCUCUCAAGUCGUCGUGUCUCGACGAGCAGCAGCGGCGAGAGCUGGGCUGCCUCGACGCUUACCGGCGACACGACCUGUCGCUCAUGACGUCACACGGCUCCCAGGCCUACGGCGUCGGGAUGCACCACGCGGACCAGAGGCUGCUGCCUGCCGCCGGUCUGGGCCUCUCCUCGGCCGCGGACGACCUGCAGGGCUCCGUGGAAGCGCAGUGUGGGCUCGUGCUCAACGGCCAAGGGGGCGUCAUCCGCAGAGGGGGAACUUGUGUGGUGAAUCCGACAGAUCUAUUCUGCUCGGUACCAGGUCGACUGUCGCUACUCAGCUCCACCUCUAAGUACAAAGUCACCAUCGCGGAGGUGAAAAGAAGACUGUCACCACCGGAGUGCCUCAACGCCUCUCUACUGGGUGGAAUACUGCGCAGAGCCAAGUCAAAGAACGGCGGGCGGUGUCUCCGGGAGAAAUUAGACCGUCUCGGCCUCAACCUGCCGGCAGGACGGAGGAAAGCUGCCAAUGUCACACUGCUCACCUCCCUGGUGGAGGGAGAAGCGCUCCACCUGGCAAGAGACUUUGGCUACACCUGUGAGACGGAGUUUCCCAGCAAGGCGGUGGGCGAACAUUUGGCCCGGCAGCACAAUGAGUCCAAAGAAACCAACGCACGAAAGAAAAUGGUUUUGGCUACAAAGCAAAUCUGUAAGGAGUUCCAGGACAUGUUGAGCCAAGAUCGUUCUCCUCUGGGCUCCUCCAGACCGACACCCAUCCUGGACCUGGACAUUCAGAGACACCUUACACACUUCAGUCUAAUCACUCAUGGCUUUGGUACACCGGCUGUUUGCGCAGCUCUCAGCACUUUCCAAACAGUCCUGAGCGAGAUGCUCAACUACCUGGACAAAAACUCAAGCGGCAAAACAAGCGGACCGACUGAUCAGCAGAUUAACAGCAGCUCGGAAAAGUCGCAGCUCCGCAAAGCAGUUGAGCCCCAGAGCAAGGAUGGCAAAACGGAAAAGACUGAGUAG